UAAAAAUAAGUGGAAAAAAACACAAUAUGAGGCAGCAGGAGGACGAAAAGAAAAUGAAAAGAAAAACUGUGGUAGAUGUGGGCGCAGACAUGCAAGAGACAAAUGUCCAGCUAAAGACAGAGAAUGUAACAAAUGCCACAAAAUUGGUCACUUCGCAAACAAAUGCAAAACCAGAAUGAUACAAGAAGUGACUGAAGAAGUAGACAGCUUAUUCUUAGGAUCAAUAAAUGAGACUAUGACCAAGAAUGAGGCUACAGUGGAUGAAGUCAUCACAGAUACAGAGCCACCAUGGCGCACAACACUAGUGAUAUGCCAUACUCCAGUCAGCUUCAAGAUUGAUUCUGGUGCUGACACGACAAUAAUAAAUGAGGCUACAUAUAGCAGCCUCCGUGUCAAGCCGAAACUUAGUCCAGUCACCUCUAAACUGGAAAGUCCAGGAGGAAAAGUGGUCCAUUUGGGGCAAUUCCUAGCUAAGACGCAAGAGACAAAAGGAAGAAAAACAACAGACUGUUACUUUAGAGUAAUAGUGGCAAAGUCUACUUGUGAUAAUUUACUGAGUAGAUCUGUCGGUGUUCGUCUGGGUCUAAUACAACACAUUGAAGAAGUCAGUGUGUUUGGGGAAUUAGGGCUGCUUAAGGGAGACCCCAUAAAAAUAGUCCUAAAAGAAAAUGCUAAGCCAUACAGCGUUGUAGCCCCUCGCCGCAUACCCAUUCCGCUGCUACCUAAAGUAGAGGAGGAGCUUAAGCGAAUGGAGGAAAAUGGCAUAAUAGAGCGCGUGACAGAGCCUACAGAAUGGGUAGCGCCUAUGGUGCCUGUGAUAAAGCCAAACGGUAAAGUAAGAAUUUGUGUAGGUCUCACUAAACUAAACGAGAACGUGAAAAGAGAAAAAUUCAUCUUGCCGACCACAGACAGCAUCUUACACAAACUGGCUGGAAGUAAGGUGUACACAACUCUGGAUGCUGCCAGUGGAUUUUGGCAAAUGGCUCUGGAUGAAGAAAGCUCAAAAUUAACAACCUUUAUAACACCAAAUGGUCGAUACUGUUUUAAACGGCUCCCAUUCGGGAUAACAUCAGCACCAGAAAUAUUCCAAAGGAGGAUGCAAGAACUACUGCAUGAUCACGAGGGCACAGUCGUUUAUAUGGAUGAUAUUCUUGUGUUCGGAGCUACUCUGGAAGAGCACAACAGCCGCCUGAAAAAGGUGAUGGAGACAAUCCGUGCAUCUGGUUUAAAACUUAACCGCCAAAAGUGUACGUUCAGGCAGGCUUCCAUUCACUUCUUGGGCCAGGUCAUCAGUCAAGAGGGCGUAACUCCAAGCCCAGAAAGAGUGUCCGCCAUCACCGCUUUGGAGACACCUACAAAUGUGAGUGAGUUAAAAAGAGUACUUGGUAUGGUGAAUUAUGUCGGCAGAUACAUACCCAAUUUGUCACAAAUCCUUCAUCCCCUUAACGAGCUGUUAAAGAAUGCAGUAGCAUGGGUGUGGGACUCGCAGCAAGAAGCAGCCUUCCAGAAAGUAAAGUCGCUGAUAUCCUCUGCACCCGUUCUUCAGUACUUUGAUCCAAAACUGCCCACCGUAGUAGGUGCUGACGCAUCCAGUUAUGGAUUAGGAGGGGUGCUGAUGCAAAAUCAUGGAGGCACACUUAAACCGGUAGCCUACUGCUCUCGUACACUAAAUGAAGCGGAAAAGAAGUACGCACAAAUAGAAAAGGAGUGUCUUGCUAGUGUAUGGGCCUCAGAAAAGUUCUAUCUAUAUCUGUGUGGUCUGGAAAGCUACAAACUACUAACGGACCAUAAACCACUGGUGACACUCAUCAACCACAGAGACCUAGACAAAACUCCACUAAGGUGUCAGCGACUUCUGAUCCGCCUAAUGAAGUUCAAUCCAGUCGCUGAGUACAUCCCAGGAAAAAACCUGAUAGUACCUGAUGUGUUGUCAAGGCACCCAGAGUCAAAAGUGGACAACACAAAACUGAGUGAGGACAUCCAGGCAUAUGUGGACUCCAUCGCAGAGCUGGAAAGGCCUAAAACAGUGCUGGAGCGCAUAAAAGCAGAGACAGAGAAGGAUGAAACCCUGCAGAAAGUCGGACAAUACAUUAAGUCUGGCUGGCCACGAUACAGAAAGGAUGUCGUGAGGCCUGCUCUAGACUAUUUUAUGGAGAGAAGUAGUCUCAGUGAGCAUAAUGGACUGGUAAAGAGGGGAAACCAAAUAGUAAUCCCACAAAUAAUGAGAACUGAGAUGCUGGAGAGAAUCCACCAUGGGCAUCAAGGCCUAAACAAAUCCAGGGAGAGAUACAAUGAUGCCAUCUGGUGGCCAAAGAUAAGCCAUGCAGUAAAGGAGAAAGUGUCCUCAUGCCCACACUGCAAUGAGCACAAACCAAGCCAAAGCCGGGAACCACUCAUUACAACGCCUUUGCCGAAACUCCCGUGGCAAAAACUAGCUGCAGAUCUUUGUGAGUUUAAAGGAAAGCACUUCCUGGUUGUUAUUGACUAUUAUUCAAGAUGGCUUGAAGUAUUAAGUCUCACCCAGACCACGAGUGAAGCAGUUAUAAGUAAGCUGAUGAGCAUAUUUAUACGGUUCGGGAUACCUGAAGAGCUGAUUACGGAUAACGGCCCACAGUUCACCUCACGGCAGUUCCAGGACUUCACAUCUAAGUAUGACAUCCAGCAUACUACAUCAAGCCCAUAUUAUCCCCAAGCUAAUGGGAUGGCGGAGCGAGCUGUCAGGACCGCUAAAAGCAUCCUUAGGCAACAAGACCCCCAGCUAGCUCUCCUGAUCUACAGGGACACCGCUACGGAGCCGACAAAAGAAAGCCCAGCCAGACUCCUCAUGGGAAGGAGACUGCGAACCACAGUCCCCAAGCUCCACCAUCAGUUGAGACCGUCAUGGCCAAAUCUGUCUACAGUCAGGCAGACAGAUGCCAAAGCUAAACAGGCCUACGAAAACACCUACAACAGGAGAUACUCAGCUAAGCAGCUUCCCGCCUUAGGGGUCGGAGACAGAGUGCGACUGAAAACAGAUUCAGAAAAGACAUGGAGAGGCACCGGGGUGAUUCAGGCUUCGUGUUCCACUCCCCGUUCGUUUGUGGUGAAAACGCCACAAGGAGACACCAUCAGACGAAACCGGAGGCACCUGCAGAUUGUCAACCAAGAAAGGAACGACUCUCCAACACAAUCACCAAAAGUCUCCAACCCGCCAGGCAGCAUAACAUCAGCUACCUGUCCAACUCAAAAUAAUUCAGAGACUGGUAGUUUAACAUCGUCACCCAGAGUUUUGAGAACACGCUCUGGACGUGUUGUGAAACCUGCCAUCAAGUUAACUUACUAG